GACGCCAAUUUUGAAUCACCCUGUAUAGUUUAUGGAGGGUAUGGCAACAACGCUCGACAGACCAUUGAUGACGUGCGACUAUAGUUAUAGUGAACGGAGUAUGUAAAUGUUUAUUGAAGCUUAGAGAGUAAAAGUCUUAGCCCAUAAAGAAUAAUCAGCAAAAGCAAGAGUUCCAAUAAUAGUAUAAAGUUUUAUUGUAAAGUAUACGAACGCUUAAAGUGACCACAUCAUGCCCAAGCCAUUAGAUAGCCGUUCCAAGGAACUUGUGGCAAAUUUAAUUCGAUAUUUCGAACAGGAGCGGGACAACCAAGGACCUUUCCUACCUUUAGCGGCCGUGAGAGAACGGGUCGCUGCCGCUUUAUGCCUAAGCAAAACAACAGUAAGCGCAAUAUCCACGAGGGUCAAAAGCAACGAAGUUUUAACAUCCCCCAAGAGGAAGCGUUCAAGAACUAAGAGUAUUACAAACCCGGAUGUAUUGGAUAGCAACGGGAUUCGUAAUACUAUUUGCGAGUUGUAUGGGAAACAUCAACAUGUGACUCUUUCUUUAUUACAAGAGGAAUUAAAGCGGAAAGAAUUGUUUCAUGGAUGUCGCACUUCGCUACACAAGUUGUUAAGGGAAUUGGGGUUUAUGUGGCAAAAGGAUAACCCUAGACGGGGACGUAUAUCGAAUGUUGCAAAGAAGAAAGACGUAGAUGAACUAUGAUGUAUUCUGUAUGGCGCAAACUGGAAAGAAUAUGAAAGCUUAAUUACAAAAAUUGUAAUUGACGAAAAUGUUCUCGCGGUUCCAGAGGAAGAACAAGAGGAUCAGAAUGAUGAAUGGUGCUGCUUAGAAAAUGACGAAGACUUCCACAUCUUGUACAGAACUAAUUUUGUCUAUUUUUUGUUGUAAACUUUCUAUUUUUCUAAGUACUUAUAGUUUAGAAAAUCGAAUUAAACAUAAUUUUAUUGAA